AAAAUCAACCCACUCUGAGACAGCGACCUCCCGGUUACUCAGCGGGGCCUCGUUGUGGAUAUAAAUAGGUCUCGCGGCCGCCUACAUGAAUGUCCGUGUGCAUCGCACGAUUCAGCGCUGUUGCGACACGCCCCGCUCUCCGUGAAGCCUUGCGAAGUGUACUAUCGCUAUGCCUCAUCACGCAGUCGACGGCGGAUGUAGUCUGCUGUACUAUGAGGAUAGCGGUGCACCAGCCGGAUCAGCUGACUAUGUCACCGUCUUCCUUGUACACGGCACAAUGUUUUCAAGCGCCAUAUUCCGAAGAGUGAUCCCAUGCGCCGCACGCCACGAUCUUCGACUUGUUCUGAUCAAUUGCCGAGACUACCCAGGUUCCACGCUCUACUCAGCAUCGGAACUUAGAGCACUAUCGUCCCCUGACCCUGCUACGCAGGGUUUAGCGCUUCAAGCACGCGGCCUCGAAUUCGCGGAGUUCAUACGCAGGUUCAUCGAGAUGGAACGUAUUCCGCCCAUCACUGUAUCGCAGGGCCCCACCGGCGUCCGGAGGGGUGGAUUCUCGUUACUCGGGUGGUCGUCCGGGAAUUGCCAGACCAUCCCUCUCCUGGCAUAUGCGCACCUGGUGCCAAAUGCCACGAGAAGACUGUUCGAUGCGUACUUCCGAUCAUUCGUCAUGUACGAUAUCUCACUCCCCGCGACCGGUGAAACACCUAUAUCAGGGAUCUGGACUCCCCUGCGCGAUAGCACGCUCAGCGCUGCGGAGAAGUUCAGCCAAUUCUCCGAAUGGGUGUCGUACUACUUCACUCCCACCGGCUUCGGCGCCUCCGACGAUAUCGACACCCCCGGCAUAACGGACGCUCUCGUAGCGCGCAUCGCCUUGCACCAAGACAAGACGUCCCCUACCAACAGCGCUCAGUGGAUGCCAACUGUUCACCGGAUAGGUCCACAGAAGAUGCGCGAAGUGUGUCACGUCGAAGUGAUGGCGCGCAGCCAGAAGUACUACCAGAACAUAGCUCCGGCGGUAUAUCGAGAGAACGUCCGUCGUGCGGUGCUUCAAGGUAAGACGAGCGAAGGCAUGGUCUGGCCUGACCUCAAAGUGGCUGUUGUGUGGUGCGACAUGUCAAAUAGUGACGUGGUCAGUGCGGCGAUGAAGCUGAAGGCGCUCACGAGGAGUAACAGAGAGCAGGGCGAGGGCCGUGAUGUCGCGUUCCACAAGCUGGAGAAGGCCAAUCACUUUGCACACUGGGACGACCCCGAAAGCUUCACUUCGUUUCUUGCAAGAGUUGUCUGACAGAGUGGCAGGUCGCGAUCGUUUGCAAUAUGACAUGCGUACUAUUGUAUCACCAUUCCCAGUGGACAACAAUACACCAUGGACGGCAAUAUGAUUGCGGACGCCGUUGUGUACAGGCGUCAAGUGAGUACUAGGUCGACCAAGGGCCUUGAGCGGCGCGCUCGGAGCGCGCAUGCGCGAGUUGUCAUCUUUUGGUUAUCCUAACGCAAGUAUCAGAUGCGACAUAUCCAAAUACUUACUGGCCACGAGACCCGUCCGGCCUGCUCGCUCGUGGUAACUCACUGUCGUGACGGUAAUGGUCGGCCGCAUGAGCCAGUAUCAGAGCCACCGCCGGCGUGCAGAUGAUCUCGGUAGAGAUGAGUAGGGCUCGCGGAGUUCUGCCACCUGGCGAUCAUGCAGCGGAGCUAGCGGUGUCUACUCCGUGAUCGACGACCCUCC